GUACAGUACUGUACUCUCAGUAAUCCAGCAGUGGCAGCAAGCAACACAAAAGUGCUCACACACUCUCCUCGCAGCGCAGCCCCACUUUCGGCUUCGUAGAAACCAGCCCGCUUGCCACCAAUCAUGGCCGCCGGAGUACAAAUCUAACUCCACGUCUUUCCUCCCUGUCGCGUGGACGGGAGGAUUACUGUCAUUUUUUAUGAUCGUUGGAGGAAGAAAUAUUAUUCGGUUUCUUUUUUGAAUAACUAUACAUUUCACUGGGGAAAUACUAUUCAUGUCAAUACCCCAAAAUGCAGCCGCCGCCGAGGAAGGUUAAAGUAACACAAGAGCUGAAGAACACGCACACGGACCAGUUGACAAGACUGCACUUUAAAAAUCAGACUGAAUGCGACUUACUUGAAGACAUGAGGAGCUACAGUCUGAAGAAGGGACAGCUUGAGAGGGACUAUGCACAGGCUCUGCAGAAGUUAGCAAGCCAAUACCUAAAGAGAGACUGGCCUGGAAUCAAUCCCGAUGACCAGAGAACAGACUACAGGAAUGUGUAUGCAGUGUGGCGGUCCUACUUAGAGGGUACAGUGCAGGUGAGCCAGUCCAGACUCAACGUGUGUGACGACUACAAGAGUCAAGUUUCGGAUCCUGCAAAAACUGUCAGACUCUUCAAGGAGCAGCAACUAAAAAAGAUCAUCGAUCAGUUAAGUGGCAUUCAGGCAGAGCUGCAGGAGUCGGUAAAGGAACUGGCAAAAGCCAAGAAGAAAUACUACGAUUGCGAGCAGGUUGCCCACGCAGUACGAGAAAAGGCGGAUAUAGAAGCCAAGUCAAAACUAGCUCUCUUUCAGUCAAGAAUUAGCUUGCAAAAAGCAAGUGUAAAGUUGAAAGCAAAGAGGAGCGACUGCAACUCAAAAGCAACACAGGCCAGGAAUGAUUAUUUGUUAACAUUAGCCGCUGCCAACGCUCACCAUGACCGCUAUUACCACACGGACCUGCUCCACUGCAUUCAGGCCUUGGAUGGCAGAAUUUAUGAGCAUGUGAAAGACUACCUGAUAGCAUUGUGUCGCACCGAGCUGGAAGCCUCACAAGCGACACACAACACCUUCCAGUUCCUGUUAGACAAAUCUACCAGGAUAAUGCAGGAGUUCAACCAGCAGUUGUUCAUGCAAGAGAACCCAGUGUUCCAUAAAGCACACGACUUCCAGUUCCAGCCCAGCGAAUGUGACAAGACUCUGAGCUCGGUGCAGCAACUGGUGGACAUUGAGCCUUCACCCGUCAGUGCCAUGAGAAUGACCCUGGCACAGAGUCGUCAGCUGGAGUCGGAGAUGGGAACCACAGAGGAGCACAGUCUGAACAAGGAGGCCAGGAAAUGGGCGACACGAGUAGCCAGAGAACACAAGAAUAUCAUUCACUACAAGAGAUCACUAGAGGAGUGUGAGAGUCAUGGCCUACCCCCCACUGAACAAGGCCGAGCAGAUCUUGAGAUGAAGAUAGAGGAAUCCAAAGAAAACAUACGCAAAGCUGAGACAAUAAAAUUAAAAGCAGAAGCUCGGUUGGACCUCCUGCGGCAAGUGGGCGUAGCUGUGGACACCUGGCUGAAGAGCGCCAUGAACCAGGUUAUGGAGGAGCUUGAGAAUGAGCGCUGGGCCAACUACACUUCCCAUGAUCCCUCACUGUCGGGUACAGUUGACUUGGAGCGUGAGGACGGUGACGAGUGUGAAGAGAAUAUGGAGGUUUUUGACGACAGCAGCUCCAGCCCUUCAGGAACCCUUCGCAAUUACCCACUGACCUGCAAGGUCCUCUUCUCAUACAAGGCUUCUCAACCAGAUGAGUUAACCAUUGAUGAACAGGAGAUGUUGGAGGUUAUUGAGGAUGGUGACAUGGAGGAUUGGGUCAAGGCUCGCAAUAAGACGGGUCAAGUGGGUUAUGUUCCUGAGAAAUACCUCCAGUUUCCUGCGUCCAACAGUCUGCUGAGCAUGCUUCAGUCACUGGCAACACUGGACGCUCGGUCACACACUUCUUCCAAUUCAACCGAGCCAGAGUUGCACUCUGGCUGUGUCAACGGGGAUGCUAACACGGUGUAUGUGCGAGCACUUUACGAUUACGAAGGCCAGGCGGAGGAGGAACUCUCUUUCUCGGAGGGAGCAGUCAUCCGCCUUUUAAGCCGUGACACUCAGACCGAUGAUGGUUUUUGGGAAGGCGAGCUUAAUGGAAGGGUUGGCGUCUUCCCCUCAGUUUUGGUGGAGGACCUGACAGAGAAUGGAGAGACCGGAGUGGGCGGGACAAAUGACAUACAGAUUUCUCCCUCUGCGAAGCUGCCAUCAUCGCUUCCACCUCUUCCGCUGUAUGAUCAACCUCCCAUAAGCCCUUUCACCAGCCCGGAGAGCUCUACCCCGCCGUCUCUCCCUCGCUCACCCUCUGCUGCACUCAACGGGGAUCAUAAGCUUCCACUGCCCGCCUCAUCACACAAGGGAUCGUUAAGCACCACCAAUCAAAAUUCUGGGAGAAGUUCAGUGUCACCUGGGUUUCAAACACAGCUGCCUCGAUUCCCACCUGAAGGAGGUCCAGGCAAACUACGACCUGUGCGUGCUGCCCCUCCCCCACCCAAACAGCAGUCUCGCCGACCACAUGGAAAGAGCGACAAGGCUGAGGAAGUGGAGAUCACACUGGUGUAACCGAGACGCAAGAUGGCACGGGGUUUGACACGAUUCAUAACAUGCUUAAAUGAUGGCAGACUAUAUCCCACGAGCACGUCUCUGAUCUUAAACUGAUGAGAACGGAACUGAACCAUAUCAAACAAUCUCGUCGCCCAAUUCAGCUAGCCCUCUUUUUUUUUUUUUUAUCCCCAAGUUGUGGAAGAGGGAAGAGAGGAGUGUGAGAGAGGCAGGAGAUCCAUUCAAAUUUCCUCUGUAUUUGCUUCCUAAUGAAGUGCAGUAGUAGGCUCCCCAGAAGCCCUUGUGCAUCCUCCCACCUCCUUCCAUUCUUGCCUUAAAACCUCAUCUCAUUGGGCGGGGACCCAGUGCACACUGAAGAGGAGGACGAGGAGGAUGAGGAAGAAUGUUUGCAGAGGGAAGGAGUGUUGGACAAGAUUUUAUGACCUCAUUAACCUUACUUUUUUCUUUUUAGCAAAUGCUCUUUUAUUUUGACGCAUAAAUAUUGGUGACUUGAGCAAAAAAUUUGUACGUUAUCACCAAUCAGUCAAUGGAAUAUGUUUGAGCUCCAACACUUAAUUAACAUGAUCAGGUAUGUUUGAGUUCUUGUUAAGUUUCACACCCUGAGACUCACUGCCCCUCCGUGUUGAUAGCAAUUGACACCGCUGUACCACACAUCUGAUUAUGUUAAUGAUGCUGCCGGACAAAAAGCAACUUUUGUGGGUCCUGUCUGGCGAAUAAAUCCCAACCUUCAACCUAUGAGCAUAAAUUGGUUGCAUAUGAAGUUCUAUGCCCAUAACAAGGUCAAAUUUCCUUUCAUCAGCUGAUUGGUGGUAAAUGCAAAGUCUCUGCCAGGUCAUGAGUGAAUUUCCAGAGGCUUCAUAAAAAGUAAGCUUUAAUGAGAGUAAGCAAGGACGUCCCACCGCUUGCCAUUUAUAGUUCUCGUCAUCCUCCAGUACGUAUUUCAUGUGUAUUAGUACAGUACAUUACUGUUGUCACAGGAAUGUUAAACGCAGAGUUUCAUAUUACAAGAGUCGCCUAAAUGAACAGAAGAUGUUUCUUUUUCUGAAAGGGCAUUGUAAAUAUAGUUGGAAGGAGGACUGAAAGGAAAUGAGAAUUGGAAAGAGAGAAAGGAGAGGCUGGAUCCUCCCUUCUGCUCUUCCCUCCAACUCUUCAUUCUUUCUACUUCUCUGUACUGAUAGUUGGCAGUGAGUGCGACUCGGUGGCUGUCAUUAUAUUCACAUAAGCAUACUGUAUGCAGUUAUGCCAUAUUACACACACACACACACACACACACACACACACACACUGUAUCUUCUGUAAGCAUCGCCGAUUGGUUGACUUUAAAAGCACCGAAAGACUGAUUUGGUAUUGAAUUUGUUGUCAUGUUAAUUAUACGGAUAGACAGUAUUUCUGGCAUAGAGGUCUACUGUGGUUUUUUUGGGUUUUUUUUUUUAACGCUUGAUGGAUCGAUUCAUCAGGAUGAGUCAUUCCAUCGCAUUUGCCCCCAUAACUCCCUUCGCAUUGCAUUGGUUCUUUACCUGACAAUCUGUGUGUUCGCACCAAGCACCGUAAUUCAUCAUUCCUAAUACACCUUCCUCCUGUGUUUGUUCAGUGUUGGCGAAAAGAGAUCAGAAGCGCUGAAUGGGCAUAAUAAUAUGAAUAAUAUUCAAAGGGCGGCAAGUUUAAUUCUCUUUUGUGUCUCACUCCAAACUCUUAAUUAAAUACCCUUCAAGCCUUUAAACUACUCGCCAAAUGGCAGCGUAGCACUUUUAUUUUUUUCUACAUUUCCGGCAAGUAGCAGCACCUCCACUCCAGAGCUGAUGCCAGGGUCAAAUUUCUUUAUUAAGAAUCUAAGGUGACUUUUUGGUUUCAGCGUGACUGAUGUUUUCAUUUCAAUAUUUUCAAAAGAGACUGAGGCAUUGUGGGCAUUGAAAUUUGCGGGUUUGCUUAACUCUAAAAGAGGAUGUGUACUGUUAGGAUGUUUCCAGCAAAGAAUGUUUUCUCUUUGAUUGUUUGUUUUGAGAUAGCAAAGUGAGGUUUUUUGUUGACACCAGAGUGACUGCUUUUCAAAGGAAAUUGUUAGAAUUUCAAGAUGCAAGAUCUUACUACUUCUAUACAUCCCCCCCCUCCCCCAAAAAAUUAAACAUAGACUUAAAUUGAUAUUUUCUUGUAUAACAGUUCCACACAAUUGUAUCUGGAGAGUGUAGCUUAAUAUUUAGAACACUAAUGAAAUACAGUAUUCACUUGUGUUUACAUGUGUCGGUGGGGAUAAUGAUCAAUAUAAUUAGGUGGAAUUUAUUGGUGAUUAAUCUUGAAGCAUUUUUCUUCUUUCUCAGAUAAGUUUUAGAUUGCUUGUGUUCAAUCAACACAGCUUCUUCCUUCAAGAGACACAGGACAGGAUAUAGUUUAAAAAAAAUUAAUAGUGAUGGAAGACUUAAUUUGUGACAUUCAAACUUGUUCUGUUAAAUAUUUCUCCAACGAAAUGUGGAACCAGUUUACAUAAGAAAAUAUUAAUAUAUACUGUAAAUCCAGAAUUCGGAAUUUAACAAGUAGUGUUUGAUUCAGAGUGUCUAUAUCGUUUUGUUUUUACAAUGAACAAAUGGAUAGUAUAGCUACUUGGGAUGGGACAAAUGUAAGUCAAAUAUCCUACCAUCAGAUAUUGGAUAUCGAAAUACUUCCCCCCCUCAUCAUAAUGUUACGUAGCAUCCAUUGUGAUCAUCAAUAGUUUCAUACACAUUGGAAUUAGUCAUAGUAUUAGAUCCGAAAAUUCCGUUCCCCUGCUGUUAGAAGUAAUCCCGAUCACAUGAAAGGGGUGUGGUCAAGGCAACGACAACGGCAGCCUGUCCUUGAUUUCUCUGAGAUCUUAAUUCAUCACGUAUAUGAUGUUCAAACUUGUUUUGAAGUUUAUUGUUUACAUCGGCGUCCCUGGGAAACUCAAUCAGUCUAUUGUAAAAUGUUUUGUCUUCAGUUUCCACGUUUGAGAAACUUACCCUUUUUUUUAAAAAUCCCUUUUUUUGAACAGUCGUUUUAUUUUUGCCAUAGUGUUAGGCCAUUCGAUAUUUGUAGAAUUAUUUUAUUUGUUGCGUCCACCUGUUUGGAUCAGCAGCACACUUCCUUUUAAUUAGUAAUAAAGUGGUAGAACCACUGGCCUUCUCUCCAGUUGGACUGUUGCCACGGUGACAAAUAAUAAGAACAGGUGCAAAUCUCUUUCUGCAUAUGGUUAUUGGCUGUACAAAAAGCUAAGUUUGUAUUUAUUGUGUACAAAUGUUAAUUAAUAAAAUAAUAUUGGGAAAACAGCA